GAAGCCACGUCUCUCAGAGAACCUGAUGAGCAGAGAUCAUUUUAUCUCACUGUAGUUCUCGUGCAAAUGGCUGAUUUUAGCACGACUGGACUUUUACCUUCAGCUGCUCAGCAUGGUAUUUUACUGCUAAAAGCUAGCUAUUUCAGUCAACUUCCUCUUUUAUGGCAUUAGCAGCUGUCUCAUCAAACCGCUGGGUUUGCGGUGUUUUUGCGCAGAGAACCAGAAAGGUAGUGCAGUGGAGGACAGGACACACCUGGACUGAGAGCAAUCACAACAGCAUCUGCAAAGCUGAGUGCCCGAUUGGUCACUUGAAACAUGAACCAUUAAAUCAGCCCAUAGCUACUUCUUUUUUCUCACUCCUGUUGAGUCCCUUGGGGCACACAGGAAGAAAGCAUAAUGGUAGCUGGCAAGCAGACUGGUACGUUGUGGUGCUUCUUGUCACCAUUCCGUACGAGACAGGAGAGAGUGGUGCUGACCCGCAGUGAGAGCCUGCCAGGGGAGCAAGUGCUGAAGAUCACAGUCACAGAAACCACGGUUAUCGAGACCGAGUCAGGGGCGUGGAAUGGGCGCUCCUUGACCUACCUCUCCCUCUGGUACUUCUUCAGCUUCUGUACGUUAUUCCUCAACAAAUACAUCCUGUCACUGCUGGAGGGGGAGCCCAGUAUGCUGGGUGCUGUUCAAAUGCUUUCCACCACCAUCAUAGGCUGCCUGAAAAUGUAUGUGCCUUGCUGCCUGUACCAUCACAAGUCCAGGACAGAGUACCCUGCCAACUUUAUCAUGAUCAUGCUGUUUGUUGGACUCAUGAGAUUCAUCACAGUGGUCCUGGGCUUGGUGAGCCUGAAGAAUGUGGCAGUGUCAUUUGCAGAGACUGUGAAGAGCUCAGCACCCAUUUUUACUGUCAUCAUGUCACGACUGAUCCUGGGAGAGUACACAGGGCUGUGGGUGAACCUCUCCCUGUUCCCUGUCAUGGUAGGCCUGUCCCUCUGCACAGCCACAGAGAUCAGCUUUAACUUGCUGGGUUUCUCCGCUGCCCUUUCUACCAACAUCAUGGACUGUUUACAGAAUGUGUUCUCAAAAAAACUCCUCAGUGGAGACACAUACAAGUUCAGCCCUCCAGAGCUCCAGUUUUAUACCAGUGCAGCUGCGGUCAUCAUGUUGAUACCUGCCUGGGUGUUCCUCAUGGACAUUCCAGUUAUUGGAAAAAGUCACCAGAGGUUCAUCUUCAGCCAAGACAUUAUCAUCUUGUUGCUGUUUGAUGGCGGGCUGUUCCACCUACAGAGCGUCACUGCCUAUGCUCUCAUGGGACGGAUUUCACCUGUUACCUUCAGUGUUGCCAGUACGGUCAAACACGCCCUGUGUGUGUGGCUCAGCAUCAUCGUGUUCGGUAACCAGGUCACUGUCCUCAGCGCUGCAGGCACCGUGCUCGUGUUCAUCGGGGUCUUACUGUACAACAAGGCUAGGCAGCUGCAGAGGGAAACUUUACAGGCCAUGGCUGCCGAGCAGAACCACAAGGACCAGGACCAGGACUUCCAAUCCUCGCAGGCUCUUUAAGGACUCGACAGUAAGGGAUGUAAUGCUGCCUGUAAUGUGAUUUGGUUUCUGCCCUGUGGCUGUCCAAUACGUGGACUUGAUUUUUUUUGGUUUCCCUUCACCUCGUACUUUUAUCCAGCUGCUGGGGCUGCUCACUGUUCUUCUCAGGUUCAGAUUUGGUGUUUGCUUUACACCCUCAAGUCCCACGUGUCAGACGGCAUGAUGAACACUUCAGUUUGAUGAAGAUGUGGAUUGUCCUGUGGAUCAGCACACAAAGAAUUUCUUUCUAACUUAAUGACUUAUUUGUGAGCAAUGUUUUAACAUAUUUUCUUUUAUUUUUAAAAAAUGUCAGUAAAGAGGACGAUCAGGGCUUCCUUCAGCAUUUUGAAGACAGUGACUUGUUCCAUUCCAGAGUGUGCUAGAAUUCCUCUCAUCUGUGCUCAGAUCAGCUGCUAAAUGUACACUAUGAAUACUGAUGGAGUAUCUGAUGGCGUUUCAGGGCCACUGUUGAUCCAUGUUCAAUGGUUUGUUCAAGGACACAUUGAGAUUAAACUACAAUCAGGAAUAGAACCCACCGGUUUUUGGAAAACUGCACUAGUGACUGAGUUAUGGUGACCCCAUAAUAUUCAAUAUGUUGUCAGUUUUCAUUUUUGUCCCCUGGUUUGAAAAAUCAGAGGAUACAGUGAUCAGCAUGUCCAUCCGUCUAUCCAUUUUUGCUUGUUAGAGCGAUAUCUCAAGAACCAGUUGACUAAUUUCAUUCAUAUUUAGCAUGAGCGGGUACUUGGGUGACCCUCCGACACUUUGUAUGACUGAUUUGUGGGGACCAGGAGGAUAUGUCAACUCCUGAUGACUCUUGUUUUAAAUUGCUUUUAAAUAUGUCCACUUGAAUUUUAAAUUUAGUUUAAUAUCUUAUGCUGGGCUUUCAUCGCUGAUAUUUGGUACCCAAUUGUGUAUGUUUUUGCUGCAAAAAAAAAAACUCUGAUACCCAAUUGUGCCCGGGACAGCUGGUGUAAGAAAGUCCCUUGGCUUCUCCCUUUCUUCCACUUGGGUUCACCACAGCAGAGCAGAGAUAGUUCUGUAUUUUUGAUUUGGCACAAGAUUUACACCACAUACGUUUCUUGACGCAACUCCAUAUUACAAGGACAAUGGGCAGAGUUGGUCUUCAACCGGGAGCCUUCUGAUCUGCUAACAAGUGCGUGCUCUGUGGUAAAAUUAGUGUUGUAGAACUUUAUGAGCAAUCUGGAAAUUUCCAAACAUGUUUUAAAAAAAUUUUGUGACAUGGGGGCACAUCAUUGUCAGCAAAACAUGAAUAACGAUUUGUACUUUAAUUAUAUAGACGGCUUUGUUUUUAUUUCAUUAAUGCAUCUUGAAAUAAUUUAUGCAUGAAUGUGUCUUUUACUGCUCAGUUAUUUUGAUAUCAGGCUACAAUUUAAGCUAAAGCAGGGUGAAAAUUGACCAGAGUGGAGACCGAUCUUGUGCACAGCUACAGUGGCUGUGUGUGUACUGCUCCGGGAUUGAUCCGCUCGUCGCUCUGGCAAAAGCACAGAUAUCGUACACGUGUAUGAUAUCUAUGUGGCAAAUGUAGGUGAUGGUGGACAUGGGGGUACAACAUGCAGUGAUGGGGACCUGCCCUUCUGUGAACAGAAACCUCUUUCUGAUUUUCCUCUACAACAUAAAUCUAUAGCAUAAUUUCUAUGAAAAGUGUUCCAUUUUCUUCAGCAGAACACAGUUUUGAAAUGUUAACAGAUGUUGCUGUGUGGAAAGUGUUGUAAAUGGCAAUACCACAUAGAAUGUAUGGAGUAGCCUUGUGUAGCACAUGUGCACAAGCACUUGCCAUGGGGCUCACCGUACUCUGGUGUAAUAGGCAAUAAUUGUGGGAAACACAAAUUUGGCCUAUUUUAAUAAAUCAAGCUUGAUUACCUCAUGUUUGGAAUUGGGACCAAAAAUCUGCAACGGGAGCCCAACUUCAGACAUGUUAACUUUAUUCUGUGACAGUACAUGAUUUCUGUCAAAAUAUUCUGACUUUACUCCCUUUUCUUCUUUUGUGAGGUGGCCCUGACACUUUGUCAGAACUUGAGGCUGUAACGUUAAGUUUGUGAUAAUGUACCUUAAUCACACAGUGUUUGAUUGCAUUGUAAUGGAAGAUGCAACUAUGACGCCUGUGCUUGAGAUAAUGAGGCUUUUUGGAAAAACACUUUGACCAAAAUAUAGGAUGGCUCUCUGUAAAAUCAUUUACAGACAUACCUCACCAUGCAUUCUGAGACUGCGUAAUGCACAAUCCCUCCUUUUUUGUGUACUCUGUCCCAUUCCACUAUUUCCUUUGUAUGAUGUCGUAGGUCGUCUGUGCUGCUUGGCAAAGCUUCUUACUGAACACAAGUGCCACAGUGACACAGGUGGUCAUCUAAUAAACCUCUCAUGCUGUUUGUUCAAGCAUUCUUCACACAUGCACGAUCAGCUGUCUGUUCUCUAAGGACAUGUCUGUUGGUCAGGCUGAGAGAGAAGGCCUUGCUAAUUUGAUUCUUUCAGAAACACUUGUAAUGCUGAAUGUGUUUUUGUUUGUUUUGUAUUUGUGCCUCAAGAUUUUCUUGCAUGUGUUGUCCUAACAAAAUCAGUUUUUAUUUCCAUGAUCAUUCUGCAUGUUUGGGACAUGGUCUCUCCCAAAGUGCUGCAAAAACAUUACACAGGUCUUUUCAGUGCUGCUUCAAGAGGCAAGAUUUUGUACAUAUUUGUAUGAUGAAUCAAAUUGUUGAAUGAUUGUAGCAGUUUUAACCUGUACAUAUGAUAAGAUAAAUCAAAUAAUUUUGAGAUGUUAAUAUU